CUCUCUUUGUCUCUCUGAGCGCAGCCUUCCUCGGGAUGAGUUUCCUGUCUCAGGCGCUUGCUGCAUCCGGAGCAGCGGGAGUGAGCCCGCCUCGAAGGCACCAGCCGCUGCUCCUUGGCGAGUCCAGGGGAGCCGCAUCGCCCAGGGCCGGGGGGCCGGCGGGAAGCUCUCGAUCCCUUGGCCUGCCUCUCGGCCGCGCUGUCGCACCGCUCGACCGAGGUGGGGACUGCCUCCGGCCAAAGGGAGGAGGGCUACGCCCAGGUGAUGGGAAAAUGAAGGACACCAAAGGGAAGCGCCUGCAGGAGGAAGAAGAGGACUUUGAGCCUCAAGUCGAACUGCAUUUUACCAUCUUGGAAGAAUCGGAGGGAGGCAUUUCUCAGGGGAAGCUUUGGCACUGUGACAUUAACGCAGAGCUCCAACCAGACAGUUCCUCUUUGCCAGAACUGGACAAUGAAUCCAUUUACUCUGACCAAUCCCGGUCUUCCUCGCCAGAGCUGCAGAAAUUACUCCCAGCCCCAGAAAGGGGGACCAGAGAGGGAAGCUCGGAGAACUAUCUGCAGCCUGGUCCCAAGCAGCAGGUGGAACUGCAUUUUACCAUACUGGAGGAGUCCGAAGGGGGCAUUUCUGAGGGGAGACUGUGUGCGAGUGAGAUUAGCUCGGACGAACCACUGGAGAUAGAUUAUCCCAAGUGCCAGUGGGAUGGACCUGCUCAACUUGGCCAGGCGUUGGUUGUGGCAAAGGAUAUUGCCCUAACUAAGAACACACUGGAGGGGGAGACGAAAGGGGAGUUCUCCCAGCAAGAAAGCAUGGAUCAGCAGGUAGAAGUCCAGUUCACUGUCUUUGAAGACUCUGAAGAAGCCCAGUUUUCCCAGGGUCCUGAGGAUUAUCCCAUCUGGGAAAGCCCGUUCAGACCUGAUAUGUAUCAGGGAGACUAUCCGAAAGAGGACUGGGACGCAUCCAUUGACAGCCUGGGCGAGGCCUUUGAAUCUUCUUUCCAGCAGCAGUUCUACUCGGGAGGCAGAAUGUAUCCCUGUACUGAGUGCGGGCGCAUCUUCAACAGGAAGUCAACCCUGACACGGCAUUGGAGGACCCACACGGGGGAGAAGCCUUAUUCCUGUCUUGACUGUGGGCGCAGCUUCAGCCUGAACCUCAACCUCCUCACCCAUCAGAUGACCCACACGGGGGAAAAACCCUACAAGUGCCCCGACUGUGGGCAAAGCUUCACCCGGAGUACAAGUGUCACCAGGCACCAGAGGAGCCACCGGGAGGAGAGCCCUUAUAAAAACGACAGCUGGGAGGAAAGCUUCCCAUUCAGCUACCCAGUCCCCUUCCCCUACCCGAUGCCUCCAGUGGAGGAGAAAUCCUACGUGUGCCCGGAUUGUGGAGAGGCCUUUACGCACAGCGGGAUCCUCAACCGGCACCUGCGGAUGCACCGGGGGGAGAGGCCUUACAAAUGUGUGGUGUGCGGGGAGGGCUUCUGCUCCAUGUCGAAGCUGUACAGGCACGAAAGAAUCCACAUGGUGGAUAAGCCCUACCACUGUGAGAUCUGCGGGAAAAGCUUCGCCGUCAAAUCCACUCUGACCCGGCAUCAGAUGCUCCAUCAGGCCGAGAGGCCUUACAUGUGCUCGCACUGCGAGAAGGGCUAUGUCCAGAGAAGCCACCUGGCCCGACAUCACCAGAAGGCACACCCCGAGGUGCCCUUCAACCCCAUCAAAGCGAACACUGUGCCCGCCACCAUUCUGGAUUCCGACAACCUCGUUACCUAUUUCUGGGGGGAUGAGGAAACAGACGCUGGUCCCGAGCCUGUCCCAACCCAGUUGAUCUACUCUGGAGCAGACUGAUGAGAGUGGGGCUUAAGUCUAGCCUGGAGCUACAUUGGGCCCCCCAAGAGAAGCGCCUUGUCCCCACCCACUCCCCACCCACCACCUUGUGCUCUGUCCUUUUAAAUUCUCAAAAGUGCUGGGUUGUUUCUGAUUUUGGAGCACUGAUGGGGGUGGGGGUGGCCCCAGAUGGAUUUGUGCUGAGAGAAGGAAUCUGGUUGUGUUGUGGAUUGUCUUCAUGCCAAGGAAUGUUCCUUGCCUUGUGAUUCUCCCUACACUGACACACACAGACACAUAGAUGUAUACACAAGAAGCUGCCUUCUACUGAAUCGGUCCUGGAAGCAGCAUCUCAAGAGGAUGCUUCAUUGUUGGGACCACAUCCUGGCCUUUUCCACAUCCUGGUCUGCUCUGGGAGCUCCGGCAUUGAUGCAGGGCCAGACACAGCAAAAGAGAGCUGGUCUGUAUUGGAGAUGAGACGCUCCUUACUGAAUGAGGCCUGUUUACAUGAAUAGUAAACUCCCCAGGCUUAUUACUGCAACAAGCAAAGUGCCAUUUGCAAGUCUGUAGUCUGAGGAAACCUACCUGGGGAGGGAAGGGAGAGCUGACCCCUCUUGGUAGCAAAAUGUCUAGACUAGAGAGAUACAUGCAACCUUGAAAGCACUUCAGUUUUUGUUUGUAGUAAAGGGGAAAGUUUUGCUUAAAAAAAAAAAACACUGAUUCUUAUUUGAU